AUGGCGCCCCUCACGCUCUCCCAAGUGGUCCUCCCGACAUUCACGCGUGGUCUCACGACGCUGUCGCACAUCCUCGCCGUGGCCGCGACACACGCCAAGUCGGCCGGCCUCGAUGCCGACGCCGAGUACCCGUCGGCGCAGCUCAUCGCCGACAUGAAGCCGCUGACCUUCCAGGUGCAGACCGCCACCACCACGGUGCGCAAGGCGCUGGCCCGCCUGCUCGGCGCCGAGGACACGGCGCCCGCGUGGGCCGACAACGAGAAGACCAUCGCCGACCUGCAGGCGCGCAUCGCCUCGGCGCAGGCGCUGCUGGCGGCCGCCGACGCGGCGACCAUCGAUGCGCGGGCCGAGGAGAUUGUGGAAGUCCCGUUCUGGGGCAGCGUGUACAAGCUCGCGGGCCAGGACGCCGCGCUGAAGCAGGCCAUCCCCAACUUCUUCUUCCACGUGCAGACCGCCUUCGCCAUCCUGCGCGCCAAGGGCGUGCCCAUCGGCAAGCGCAACUACCUUAGCAGCUUCCUCGAGGUGCCGAUUUGA